AUGUCGCUCAAAGUACCAAAAGCUAGCAACAUCCAAUUAUUCAAAGACGGAUACAAGCAUCUCCAAGGAAUCGAAGAUGCAGUCUUACGAAAUAUUCAAGCCGUCAAUGAAUUAUCAGAUCUAGUACGCACGAGCUUUGGUCCAAACGGCCGGAAUAAACUCAUCAUCAAUCACCUCGGCCGAUUAUUCGUAACUUCCGAUGCAGCUACCAUCAUCAGAGAAGUCGAAGUAGUUCAUCCAGCUGCAAAGCUCCUCGUCAUGGCCUCACAAGCCCAAGAAUCAGAAAUGGGUGACAGCACAAACAUGGUCAUCAUCCUCGCAGGCGAACUCCUCAAGAAAUCAGAAAACCUCCUCGUAAUGGGUCUCCACCCAAGCGAAGUGAUCAAAGGUUACGAACUAGCUUGCAUUAAAGCACUCGCAGAACUUGAAAAUCUAUCAACAUCAAACCUCCCAUCUCCAUUCACCCACGAAUCCCUCAUCGUAGCUCUCAAACCCGCAAUCGCAUCAAAGCAAUACGGCUACGAAGACGUCCUUUCAUCACUCGUCGCAGAAGCCGCUCUAGCCGUAAUGCCCAAGAACCCAAAAAACUUCAACGUCGACAACGUCCGCGUCGUAAAAAUAAUGGGUGGAAGCCUCUCGGGUAGUAAAGUAGUCCAAGGCAUGGUAUUCGGUCGCGAACCAGAAGGCAUCAUCAAAAAAGUCACCCACGCCAAAGUAGCCAUCUUCACAAGCGCACUCGACGUCCCCCAAACAGAAACAAAAGGAACAGUCCUCCUCAAAAGUGCAGAUGAGAUGCUCAACUUUACUCGUGGAGAGGAGCAACACCUUGAAAAGAUAUUCAAAGAAAUAGCAGACUCGGGCAUCAAAAUCAUAAUCGCAGGCUCCUCAAUUGGCGAUCUCGCACUCCACUACCUCAACCGCUUCAACAUAGCAGUCUUAAAAGUCCUCUCCAAAUUCGACCUCAGGCGCCUUUCCCGCGUAGUAAACGCAACACCCCUAGCCCGCCUCGGCGCACCCACACCCGAAGAAACCGGCUACGUCGAUAUCUUCGAAACAACAGAAAUAGGCGGGGAUAGAGUCACCGUCCUACGUCAGCUUUCACAGGGGGAUGAGGGGUAUACAGGGGAAACGGAAAAGACGCGCACGGCUACUAUCGUGCUUAGAGGCGCUACUGCUAACCACCUCGAUGAUCUCGAACGCGCCAUCGACGACGGUGUCAACGUCAUCAAAUCGCUCAUCAAAGACCCGCGACUCGUGCCUGGAGCAGGUGCUACAGAACUGGAGCUUGGAAAACGCGUAGAGGCGUAUGGAAGUGGAAUGAGAGGCUUGGCGCAACAUGCUGUGAAGCGGUAUGCAACAGCGCUAGAAGUCAUCCCUAGAACGCUGGCUGAGAACGCGUUGGGAGGUGCGGAGGGGAAUGAGGUGCUUAGUCGGUUGUGGGCGAAGCAUGAAUUGAAAGGAGGGGAAGCUUGGGGCGUUGAUGUAGAGGCUGAAGAAGACGGCACGCUCCUAGCAACAGAACACAAAAUCCUCGACUCACUAGCAGCUAAACAAUGGGCUCUCAAACUCGCUACAGAAGCAGCCGUUUCCGUCCUCAGCGUCGAUAGCAUCAUCAUGAGCAAACCAGCUGGUGGCCCUAAAGUUCCUCAACAAGCGAGUAAUUGGGAUGAGGAUUAG